GACGCCCCACAACGAUGCCUUCUGCAAUCCAACGUAUGCUGCUUGACAGGGGGCGUGCAACUGUCUUCUCAACUGCUCGAUUCAACGCCUUUUUCAGACAUGGCGUCGCUUAGACGUGGGCACUUUGCCUGAGGAAAAGCCCUUCACAACACCUCAGUGAUGCAUCCGCAUCCCUUCGAGACACCAUCUCUUCGGAUCGACUCGGUAAACGUAGCGAUCUGUCAAUCUGUCGUUUAUAAGACCAUCCUAUCCCCCACCCCUCUACGUUCUCAUCAUCACAGUCACUACACUCCUCAAUCGCUUCAUAUACCCAUCAAUGGAUCGACGAAGAUCUUCUCUGGCUCUUGCCGCUCUCGGCCUUCUUGCGACCGCAGCCGGAACCGCUCAGGCAGCUUGUGAGUGUGGUUACCAGACCGGAGACGGAUCCGUCUGGUCGCAUGCCAUGACCGCCGACUUCUCCUCCAUGGCCGACGCCGACACAAUUGCCGACUCUGGUAUCUCCAGCGAUUGGUAUGCCCAAACUUGGGGUACCGACGCCGGUACUGCCGCUUACCAGAUGCAGAACAAUGGUUCCAACGCCUACGUUCGGAACGGUAACCUUGUCGUUAAGACUUCUGGCUACUCUGGCUCUGGUGCUGUUCAGGUUGGUGAAGUCGACACUGCUCGCACUGACAUUCUUUACGGUUCCUUCCGCUCUACUUUCAGUGUCGAGGCUACCCCUGGUGUUUGCGCCGGUUUCUUCUACUACAAGUCCGAUACCCAAGAGACCGAUAUCGAGGUCUUGACUUCGGAGUCUACCAACCAGAUUCACUACUCUAACCAGCCCGCCUACGACGCUUCCACUGACAACUCCGUUCCCGGUGCCACUUACACCGAAGCUGUCUCCGGUGGAUGGACCAGCUCCAUUCAGCACCGUUUCGACUGGCAACCUUCUGUCACUACCUUCUACCAGAAUGGCAAUGCUAUCCGCCAGAUGACCGUGAACGUGCCCUCUACUCCAGGUGCCGUCAUCAUGAACGUCUGGUCCGACGGUGGUGACUGGACUCAGGGCCCUCCUACCGCUGAUGCUCAUAUGUACAUCUCCAACUACCAGUUCUACUUCAACGUCACCAACGAUCAGCAGGGCUCCUCCUCCACUUUCGAGAAGUCUUGCGCCGCCGCUGGUGGUGUUGGUGCUGUGCCCUACUGCUUGGUUGACGGUGCUGUCACUGGUAAGCCUACUGUUGCCAGCUCUACGUCUACUUCUUCUGCGGCUUCCAACAUCUCCCCUGACAACAGCUGUGGUCCUUCCAGCGCUGGUAACUACACUUGUCCGGACAACGGCUGCUGUUCUUCCCACGGCUGGUGCGGUAC